GACAAGGCCGCUGCGCGUGAGCUCAUCAAGGCGCACGAUUCCGAGAUCGAUCGACGUCGGCGGCAGAGAAUUGAAAAAUGGGACCAGGCUAGAGACGGCAGUUAUAGCUUACCCCUAAACUCUAAUACUGUCGAUUCCAUAACGAAUGCAGACGGCUACAACGAAUUGCGGGCAAAGGUCGUGUCUCAAGAAGAUGAGCUGUCAUUUGAUGCUCGGUUUCGGCACGAGGCAGAUGCACUGGAGCGGCGUGUUGACGACAUCAUUCGAAAAGUGCGACAAGAAGAUGAGUGUUUUUUCUCUGAGCAAAAGUCUCGGACAGGGUAUCACGGCCAGGAGCACCCGCGGUUUGCAGGCGAUCAUUUCUUAUCCAAUGUUGAUUUGAUUGGCGAAACAGGCUUAUUCAAAAUCGCUUCCAUGUUGCCCAAAGGCGCUCAUCUGCAUAACCACUUCAAUGCAUGCCUACCGCCACGUGUGCUGCUUGACAUUGCAAAAGGAAUGGAUCGCAUGUUUAUCAUGAGUAGCCACGCCCUAGUCUGCAAAGAGAAGGAGGGUGAGAACAAGUUUGAAAACUUUGACAAGUGCAAGAUACAGUUCUCUAUCAAGAAAUCCGAUCCGGAGGACCCUGGCGACAUAUUCUCGUCUAGUUAUCAGGCCGGGAAAACAAUGAAGUUUAAAGAGUUUUUGAAUCGCUUUUCAACGUAUUAUACCAGAGCGGAUGUUGGUAGUAAUAACAAAACCACAGCCGACACGUGGUUGCUCAAUAAGCUCACUUUUCACGAACAAGAGGCUUACGAUCCUUUGCAAACAGCAUCUGGUGCCUGGAAAAAAUUCAACGGGAGAACGCAGAUGAUGAAAGGCCUUUUCAACUAUGAAACUGCAUACCGAUCGUAUACCCGCCAAUGCCUUGAAGACUUUGCCCGAGAUAACAUUCAGUACGCCGAGAUACGGCCGACUAUGAUGGAGAGCAAUUACAUUACCAGCGAUGAUGGGAAUGAUAGGAUUGAUAACGAGGGCAUCAUGAAGAUCAUCAUUGAAGAAGUAAAGGAUUUCCAAAAAGAAAACAAGUUCUUUAAAGGUCUCAAAGUUAUAUAUUGCACACCAAGAUCAUUCUCACCCGAGCAGGUCAAGGAGGGUCUUGACGAGUGCAUAAGGUUCAAGAAGAUGUGGCCGAAGUGGAUUGCAGGGUAUGAUCUCGUUGGCGAAGAGGCACAAGGCUCCCCAAUCAAGGCUUUCAUUCCCCAGUUACUCGAGUUUAGAAAGACAUGUGCCGAAGAACAGCUCGACAUUCCUUUUCUCUUCCACUGUGGCGAGACGCUAGAUUUGGGCACCGAGACAGAUGGAAAUUUAGUCGACGCUCUUUUGCUCGGGUCAAAGCGGAUAGGGCACGGAUUUGCGUUGGCGAACCAUCCGUAUAUCAUGCAGCAGAUGAAAGCAAAGGGUAUAUGCCUAGAGCUGUGCCCCAUUUCAAAUGAGAUAUUGGGGCUUACACCACGGGUUAAUGGACAUACAAUGUACCAGCUGCUAGCGAAUAAUGUGCAUUGUACAGUCAACUCUGAUAAUGGAGCAUUUUUCAGAUCUACUUUAUCGCAUGAUUUUUACCAAGUCAUGGUCGGUAAGAAAAGCAUGGGGCUAUAUGGAUGGAAGCAGCUCGUUAUGUGGAGCAUCGAACAUGCAUGCUUAGGUGAUGAUGAGAGAAAAGAAAUAAUGGAUCACUGGGAAGUCCUAUGGAGAGAAUUCCUGAUGAAAGUGAUC